AGGUAUUCGAGGCCUGCUAAGUAUUGUGUCCUGAUGUCGAAGCUGUACAUAAAGCAGGUUAUAAGCACUAAAACCUAGAGCUUACAUCAUUUCGUUCAUGCAUCAUGCCCAGUGUCACGAUUCCUGCCCGCACAGGGGACUAUGUCGCCCUCAAGUCUGGUCAACGACUCAAGCUGAUCAACCCACACGGCACCCAAGUCAUUGACUUUUGGGCCUUUGUCUUUCCCAGUGCUAAUUCAACUACUGGUGGUGACAGCACUACACCGACGAGCUUUAUCCGGUCAUCGUCCAGUACAGAAGCCACUGGGAAUACUACGAGUCAGCAUUCGUCUACGCCAUUUCCAUUCACGUCCGGCGUUCAAUACUUUGCAGCCUCACGCACACGCAGCAUUCUUUCCAAACUCAUACCUGGCACCAAGGAUGUGCUGUACACCAACAAAUCCGUGCCUCUGUUCACGUUGCUCGAGGACACCACGUCCGGCGUCCACGACACGCUGUUCGGAUGUUGCGACCGCUUCCGCAUGCACAACUUAGGCCAUCCGGAUUUUGAGCAUGCAAGUUGUGCGGAGAACAUGCAUCUUGCGCUGCGACGGGCCGCUGCUCAGGGCGUCUUUAAACCCGGCAGCAUCUCAGACGAGUGGACGCCAGAUCCAUUAAACGUCUUCAUGAACGUGCCGAUCACCACGGGCUUGGAUCGGGAUUCUGGAGGUGGGAAGAUCGAGUGCAUCCCGCCCAAGAGUAAGGCGGGCGAGUACAUUGUACUAAGGGCAGAAAUUGACUGUGUGGCCGUGAUGAGUGCUUGUCCAAAUGACUUGAUAGUGGGAGUCAACGCGGGAAAGUGCCUGAGUGUGGAAUAUGAGGUGUUAGAUACGUAGACCUACGCUCUUUCGGAUAGAACUGGGGUAUUCGUACACUUCCUGAUCCGAGCCAGGAUUCGAAUCUUUC